AACCGGUACUAUUUUUACUCUUGUCGCGCGUGGGAUAGGUUGGCUCGUGAUCCAUUGCAAUUAUGCCCUUUCCGCCUAAUGCUAGUGCACAAAUUACAUGUAGGGCCUAUUGUAAGACGGCUAUAUAUGAUGUGCACGUACAUCAACCACAUACACAUGAACUCUGCACACACUGUGGAAAGCGUAGCUGUUAGUUCCAUGCCGUUUUUGAGAUACGGAACGGGUGCUUAAAUAGGAAGCCGUGUUUCAGUGUUACUGAAUUUCUUACGAAGGUUUGUGAAAGGUGUCGACCAGUUUUGAUCAGCUGUCAGACUGGAAGACUUCCCCAGGAUUUCCUUAAGUCAGGUAGUGUUUGAUUCUGUGACACCUGCAUUUCUAGCCCGUAAUCAAGUAUGGCAAGCAGCGAGCCCCAAUCGCAACCCUUCCGGAUGUUUCUCUGGACCAUCCCUCGGUCAGUCUCCACAGCAUUCGAGCGAUGCAUGAGCGGCCUCGGCAAUGUGGCUCUUGUCCAUGAGCCUUACACCACUGCCUACUACUUUGGCCCAGACCGCAAGUUCUUCAACACACCCUUCCUUCCUGUCGAACACGACUACUCUUACGCUAAGGUCAAGGCAAUGAUGGAAGCUGAGUUCUACGGUAAGGAUUACGUCUUUGGCAAGGACCACGCCUACUCACUAAACGAGCGAUAUGACAUGAUACCAGAUGGGUUUAUCCACUCGAUCUUGAUCCGUGACCCAGCCCGAGCGUUGGCGUCCUUCUACGACGUCUGCAAUAUGCCGAUACUGCGACACUACAGUCUCUUGAAUCACGUUCUACCAGAGGGCUACGCCUUUAAGCAGCUCUACGAUCUCUACGAGCACCUACGGACCACCACGGGGCAGGAGCCUGUGGUGUUGGACUCGGACGAUCUGCUGCAGUACCCGGAGCAAAUGAUCCGCCGCUACUGCGAGGCCAUCGGGGUGCCUUUCAAGACCAGCAUGCUGGACUGGGACCCACAGGUUAACGUCACCCAGUCUUGGGCGAGCAGUCUGAAGCUCAUGCAGCACAUUGGAGUGUACGAGAAGGCGCUUAAGAGUACAACCUUCAAUUGCUGUCCGCCCAAGCAGGUUGACGUGCUAUCUCUUCCUACCGAUUACCAGCAUGCCAUCAAAGUCUCCCAGCCGUUCUACGAUAAGCUUUACGAGAGGAGACUCAUCCCGGAAGACAGAGAGACGGAAGUUUGAGUUGGACUUUAUGUUUGGGAUGAGAAGACAUGCCGUGAUAGAUGGAGACAAUGCCGCAUUUUCAGAAAUAGCACUUCAUCCCCGAAAAAAAAAUUAUCCACAUUCCAAAGUCUUUGUUAUAGUCAUGAAAUACUUGCCGAAGUUGGACAAACUGGCCAAUGGCCCCUGUUCAUGCUAUGCAUGUGUGUCAAAACAUUUCAUUUUAUUAUUUAAAACAAACUUGCCUUAUGGGCCUUAAAAACAAGAAGGGAAAAGAGAUUCGGCGUUUUAGUUCUUGUAGUUUUAGGUUACGACAAUUUCCCUAACUUACUAGUGCCCUCCGUAAUAGGAAUUAAUAUAAAUGAUUAGAAGAUAACGAUUUGUCAAAAGUUCCAAAAGUAACGACUAGUGGUUAUGAUCGACUAAGCAUUCUGAAACAUACUGUGACGGAUUAUUGAUAAAAAGAGAAAUUCCCAAACUGUAAUUUCAGCCUUUUGAAAUGUGUUUUGAACUCAAUAUUUCCAGAGCUCAAUGCUGGCAAAUUGAUGCAUUGUGCUUAUUGUAUAGCAAGCCUGAUGGUUUCAGUUUUUAUGUGCGUUUUUAAAUUUUCAUUAGAUAUAAUUAACACGUGCGAACAUGAUUUACCCUGUAUUAAAUCUCACAGACAAGUUAGAGUGAGAGGGUUCAUACUAUGCUUGUAUUUCCCUUGUGAUUAAGUGUUCAAAUAGCACUUUUCAAAUAUAGCAGAAAUCUUUCAAACGAACUGGUUUCAUUUAUUGUCGUUGCUUUUGCAUUCAACUAUGGAAAGGAUAGUUUGUUGGGCAGAGUAAAGGUAGAGCAAUGCUAUCUUUUGAUGAAACAUUCAGUGAAUAACCUGUAAAGGUUUUAUACUGUUUGUUGGACACCACAGCCUGCACUGCAAAAACAGAUGUUAAAUUUGCAGGGUGUGGUAUCGAUUUUCCGACAAAUGAUUCAAUAUUUUGAUACCAUUUUUUUAGAUAAUUAUACACAACAUUAUUUACGGGCUAAUUUUACCAUGCAGUUCACAAUAGAGUGGAAUAUGAAUGGCGACCCUUUGGAGAUAUAUCCUUAGUUUCGUCACAACCGACUGGAGUUCAAAGUCUGUGGACAUGCUUAGUGAAAAAUCUAUUGCCAUGUGGCUGGAAAAAAGGAUGGCGCCUUUUCUCCUAAUGGGCGGCAUGUUAAUAAAUUCCUCAAGAGGGCUGGCUAUGGUUCCAUUGUCGGCAAAGGUUUUCAUUGACCUUUGAUCAUUACAGCAUAUUACAUACUGACUUUACUCAUUGUAAACGUAGUGUGAGUUUAAAAGUGGAACUAUAUACAAGCAGACACCAUAGAGCCCACUCUAACCAAUAAAAUCAUGGUAUUCAUUCUGCGCAGCCAGACAGUACGAUUGUCGCUUUUAAUGGAAAAAUAUAUAUAAAAGUGCACCUACCUUCGGAGGUUAUCCAUUUAGUUUUUUGUAAGUGGUAAUUCGGAAGCUUGAGUUCAACAUAUGUAGCAACACCAAGACAAGAUUUGUUUCCAGAUAUUUGAAUUUAAACGCAAAACGUUUGCUCAAUAUGUUAUUGUAUUGCUGAACGAACUGCUUGGUAUUCUUAAUAUACAUCAUGUAGGCUAGAAGGUUUGAAAUCAAACUUAUUACUUUAUGUAGAUAUUAUGGAAUAAAACAUACAGAGUUACAAUAUA